AUGCAGAAUUUGGCUCGUCAUUUGCGUGAGAAGUACAUCCAUGCCCUUCUCCAUCAUGACAUUGACUAUAUUGAAUCGAAUAAGCCGAGUACCUUGGGUCAAGCUGUUGCGGAAGAAUCCUCUCGCAUUAUUAAUGGAUUGGGUCCGUCGAUUGGUCGACUCGUCCGAUCAAUUUCUACCUUUAUUGGUGGUGUUAUUGUUGGUGUUGUUCACAGUUGGCAACUUACCCUUCUGACACUGAUUGCUUGUCCUUUUCUGAUUUAUGCAGGAUUGGAGUUUGGAAAGGUGAUGGGAAGUUGGAUCCAAACCUUGAUGCGAGACCACAAGGAAGCAGACAGCAUUGCUGAAGAGAGUAUUCGAAACUACAAAACGGUGACCGCGUUGGGAGCCGAAUCUUCGAUGGAGAAAAAAUACCGCAAGGGAUUCCCUCAAGAACUCUAUGAUGCGGGCUGCGUCACGGACUUGAUAUCUUCGGUGGACGUUUGCUUCAGCAAUGCAACUCUCUCGGAUCAAUGCAUGGCGAUUUGUGAUCGCGUGUCUAGUUGUUGGUACCAGAGUCGGAAUGGGCAAUGCCUGGUUGGCGGAGAUUUCAUGGUCGUGCUCUGCGGAGUAUCGAACUUUUUGGGUUUGGCUGCUGCCUUCGGCGCCAUUCAAGCGAUUCAAAGCACGCGCGCGUCUGCGACCUGCUUUGUGAAGGUGAUUGAGCACGAAGACGCGAUGAAGUCUGGAUCGACCACUCCCAGCAGCAGCAAGGGAGACGUUGUGUACAAGAACGUGGACUUCAAGUACGCUUCGCGCGACACGCAAGUGCUGAAGCAGCUCAACUUCACCAUUCGCGAGAACGAAAUGAUCGGCAUCGUGGGCGAGAGUGGCAGCGGAAAGAGCACAAUCUUGAAACUCUUGAUGCGAUUGUACGCUCCGACGGCGGGAACGAUCACGUGGGACGGAGUCGAUGUGACGACGCUCUCGACGGCGUGGAUUCGCGAUCAGAUCAGCUACGUGGCGCAGGAACCCGUGCUGUUCAGCGGAACGAUUCGCGAGAAUCUGCUCUAUGGACGCGAGGGCUGCACCGAGGAGGAAAUGGUGGAAGCCGCGAAACUGGUGGAGGCCGACGCGUUCAUUCGAUCGUUCCCCAAAGGGUACGACACCUUUGUGGGCGAGUUGGGAAGCUCGCUGUCCGGAGGACAGAAGCAGCGUAUUGCUAUCGCCCGCGCGCUGAUUCGAAACCCGCGAAUUCUGGUGUUGGACGAAGCGACGAGCGCGCUGGAUUCGCAGAGCGAGAAAAUCGUGCAGAACGCGAUGGAAACGAUCCGGAGAAAGAACGAAGCGAAGGGAAAGGGACUGAGCAUCGUGAUCGUGGCGCAUCGGCUGAGCAGCAUUCGAUCGUGUAAUCGCAUUGUGGUGGUGGAGGAAGGAAAGAUCGUGGAGGAAGGCGAUCAUGAAAGCUUGCUAGCGAAGGGCGGAAUCUAUGCGGGAUUGUACAAAAGCCAAGAAACUUUAGAAAAGGAGGAAGAAGAAGGAGCCGAGGGAACGGAAAAGAAGGAAGAGAAGGAAGCGGAUGCAGAAGCAAAGAAGAAAGAAGAAAGAAACGAAAAGGAGAAAGAGAAAGAAGCAGAAGUUGCAGAUUCGAAAAAGAAGGACGAAAACGAAAAGGCAGAAAAGCCAAAGAAGUAUAAUCUCUUCUCUCUCUAUCAGUACUUUGGUACUAAAAAGUGUAUUUUCUGGAUCGCUUUCCUUGGCGUUAUCUUCACUGCUUUGUAUCCGGCUGCCUAUACCGUAAUCAUGGCUUCGAUGCAAUCCAUCGCGUACUCGAUGGAUGUGAACGAAAUCUGGAAUACCGGUAUGCUGUUGACCGGCUUAAUGGUGGUUGUGAUUAUUGUGAACUGCGCUGGCGAGCUGCUCUGGUGGGAUUUGUCGAGUGUUGUGAAGGAGAACAUGAUCGUAACGGUGCGGUCGAAGUCCUUCACGAAGCUUCUCUCCCAGUCUGUAGCUUACUACGAUGAGAAGGAGCAUUCUCCAGGUGCAAUCACUUCGGAACUCUCCAUCGAUGUUCGAAAGCUGCGCGACUUCAUGGAUGAAGUGGGAACCAUCAUGGAAAGCGUGAUCGUGUGUUUGCUUUGUAUCGCAUUCGCGUUUUCAUCGAUGGGAUCGUGGAAGUUGGCGUUGAUUUCGAUUGUGGUGUGUCCUGUUUUAUUCUCUGCGGAGUAUUGCCAAAACAAACUCGUGGCGAACGUGAUUUCCAAGAUCGACAGCAAUCUCACAGAGAAAUCCAGCGAGACAACGGACGCUCUGCUCAACAUCCACACGAUCCACGCGUACAAUCUGCAAGAUCGCAUCUAUGAAUCGAUGAUCCACGACCUGGAGCGAACCAAUCGUUUGUGCAAAUCGCGAAGCCUUCGAUCGGCAAUUGCCGACGCGAUUUUGUUAAUCUUCUCCAUGAUUUUCAUGGCAGUCGUUUUUGGAGCUGGCUCUAUUUUGAUUGGCUUCGAUCAGAUCAGUUAUCCCCAGAUGAUGAUCGUUUACAACACCAUUUUCUACAUGUCGUCCUAUAUUGGCGUUGCAAUGGGCAAAAUUCCCAAUAUGGCGUUGGCUCAGGAGGCAGCACAGCGAAUUUUCUCGCUGAUUGAAAGCUCGGGCGAGAAGGACGCGCUGCGAGCGCUUCCCGAGAAGGCGAAGGACGGAGCGAUCGCCUUCGAUCAUGUGUCCUUCGCGUAUCCCACUCGGCCCGACGCUCCGAUUCUUUCCGAUGUGUCCUUCUCAAUUCCCAAGGGAUCUUCCGUGGCUUUCGUGGGUCCCAGUGGGUGUGGAAAGAGUACGAUCAUUUCGCUGAUCCAGCGAAUGUACAAACCGGAGAGUGGCGAAGUGUUGAUGGACGGAGCCAAUGUGCAGAACGUCAAUUUAGACUCGUAUCGCUCGCUGCUGGGCGCGGUGAACCAAGAGCCCUGCAUGUUCAGCGGCACGAUUCGCGAGAAUUUGGUGAUGGGAUUGGAUCGUGAAGUGUCCGAAGCGGAGCUGAAGGACGCUUGCACGCAAGCUUUGUGCAUGGAUUUCAUCAAUGAAAUGGUGGACGGAUUCGAAACGGAUCUCGGAUCGACCGGAAAGUCGGUUUCGGGAGGACAGAAGCAGCGAUUGGCGUUGGCUCGCGCGAUUCUUCGAAAGCCGCACGUGCUGCUGCUGGACGAAGCGACGAGCGCGCUGGACAGCGAAAACCAGGACAAGUUCUUGGAGGCAUUGGAGAAGUGGCGAUCGACGCAUCCCUGCACGGUGAUCACAGUGGCGCACCGACUGAGCACGAUCGUGGACAGCGACAUCAUCUUUGUGGUGAGCGAAGGGAAGAUCGUGGACAGCGGAAAGCACGCAGAACUGCUGAAGAAGUGCGAGUUCUACGCAGCACUGGUCAAGGGACAGAUGGAAAGCACGCCGCAUGAAGAAUAGAUGGAAAGGGAGUCGAGGGAAUGAAUGAAUGAAUCUACAUAGUAGUAGUUAUCCACAUCCAUCGAAUCAUUCCUC